ACCCGCUCUUUUUCCCGAGAGAUUGCAAUGUAACAACGGUACGGUACGGUACGGAGUACAUAACAUAAAUUCCGCAUCGCAGAAGCGCAGAAGCGUUGGAAUAUCAGACUAUCACCAUCACAUCAUCACAAAAUAGAGUGCUGGGGUCUUCUUUCUUUCUCAGGUCCUCUUUUCUUUUCUUUUUCUUUUUCCCUUUCUUUUUUUUAUCAUUCUUCAACCAAUUGGCAAGAAUCAAGGCCGCUCGCGAUUUUCCUUGAUCAUCGCUGUCCGCCAUUUAUUAGUUGCCCAAUGGCCCGCUCAGAUCUCAGCCAACAAGCUCCAUCGCCUUCGUCCGUCUGGUCUCGCUGAGCCCUAUCACAAUAGUCCCGACGAUCCUGCAGCCAGAGAUUCCCUUUUCGACCUUGCAAUUGGCAACUCCCCCGCUGUGCAAGUCUGCGACCUACCGCGUGGGCUGGCAUCCUGUUUCCUCGCGCCACAGCAUCAAUCGUCGUCGUUUGACCAGUCCAUAUUCCUGUCCGAAUCUGUAUCGACUGCUGUUUAAUAUCCCCUAAUCCAUUGCUCCCAUACAGACUGAGAUCUCGAUACGAUGGAUAUUGUAUGAAACAGAAGGAACAAAACAAAAAGAAGGAAAACCCGUUCUGAAACUACGUCGCUAUGGACGCCCGUCCGCAUACCUCUUCGUCGUCCACGACGUCACCCGUGUUAACACAGCCUCCGCCGCUACAAGCACCACCUAAAUUUUCCAGAUAUCGUUCCGUCCGGAAAGCUGCUGAGGCACAGGCAAUUCAGAAUGCAGCUGCGCAGUCCUUUCCAACUCCCUUGAGCCCGCCCCCGUUGCCUAUGAGUUCCGAGAUCGGUUCGCCGCCGCCGUUCUCUAAGACACAGAAUGAAUCGAUCAAGCGCAGCAUGUCUAGAUACCGACACGCGAAACCUAGUGCAACCAAGACUGCCUAUCCUGUCCCUUCCCCCUCGCCGCUUCCAGCUGCGGUGACAUUACCUACCCGUCCACACACAGACGGAGACUGCAUGCAAGACCUUCAGGCAAGGGAGCAACACGAGAUUACCCCGAAGCAGCAGGGCGCGGGAUCUACCAGGCUACAGGACCACUCGGACACGGCGCCUGCAUCCGAUGCGUCUUGCUCUCAGGGAGCUGUGCAGUCAACAAGUCAAAGUCAUGACACCAAAGGCUCACAUGGAGCGGGUCCCAUAGAUAACAUCGCGGAAGAUACAAAGCCACCCACUGGAUAUUUCUCUCUAGAAAGGCAUAGUAGUAUGUCCAGCAUGGAAGACUCUCGACCCCGCCGAUCACGUACGCAUACUGAUCCUGGGCGUGCAAACGUCCGCUCUCCCACGAGUGAAUCGCAUAAUACCCCCGCCGUGCCUGGUAGACUACGCACCGUUCCUGAGCCAAGAAUGCUAGACAUUCGGGACCAUGUGCAAAACAUUACCAAUGAAGAGCUCGCCGCGAAUGAGAGAGCGGCUGCAGCGCAUAAUGGUUUGAAGUCGAAACCCCAACUAGUGAAAGUGAAAGGGGGCGGGUUCUUGUCACGGAUGAAAGCCUUGGAUCCUACUUCGAGCUCGAAACCUAACAACAACAGCAGCGGCGGCAACAGUCAUCAUAAUAAUAAUCGAGAAAGAUUAAAGACACUCAUCUCUUCUCCACUACCAAUCAGCCCUGACGAGGUCAAGGUGGCCUCUGGCAAUGAAGCACCUAUCUCUGCUGUCAAUGCCGGCGAAAGAAAAGUCCUGGUAAUUUGCAACGACUCCUUUAUAUGUCUCCCGUUUACCCCGACUACGCAGGCGCAGGAUCUCCUAAAUUCGGCGGCAAACUGUUUGUCAGAGAACAUCGAGCCGCAAUCUUCGAUUCUCUUGGAAUCUUUCAAGCAGCUCGGUCUAGAACGACCACUGCGAAAAUACGAACACGUACGUGAUGUCAUGAAUUCAUGGGAUAGCGAUUCGCAGAACCAUUUAAUGGUGUCACGGCUGCCGGACCAGCGUGAGAGGGAGGGCCUCGAUGUCAGAUUGGCUCCGCGUAAGCAGCCCUCGGAAUCUAUAUUCCACCUUUACCAUUCUCAACGCCCGGGCAAGUGGGAAAGACGCUGGGUUACCCUGCGGUCAGAUGGCCAGGUCACUAUCGCGAAGAAGCAGGGUGGAGAGUCCAUGAAUAUCUGCCAUUUGUCUGACUUUGAUGUCUACUCGCCUACCUCACUGGAGACGGUGAGAAGGGUCAAGGCUCCGAAACGGAUAUGUUUUGCAGUCAAGAGCCAGCAGAAAUCUAGCAUGUUCUUGACAACGGAGAAUUUUGUGCAUUAUUUUGCCACCGAUGAUGAGCAAAUAGGGUUGGGGUGGUAUAAGGCGGUUCAGCAAUGGCGGAGCUGGUACCUCGUGAAUGUUCUGGGCGAAGGUGAUAAGGAGGAAGAUUCGAUUAAUUCGGAUGCGAAAUCUCCGCAGUCGGGAGCCCAGAAGUCGAGGUCACGUCAGGGUUCCGAUGCCUCUAUUCCCUAUCAACUUGGAACAUUCAAACCGCUUCUGGAUAUGGAUAUAUCAAAGUGGAAAAUCGAGCCUAUCGACAACAUCCCAGAGGAGGUUUCCAAGGAGCCAUCCAUAUCAAAAGCUGCUUCCGUCCAUGGUCGCCCAACGCGCCCUCAGAAACGACCCUCCACACCCGCAAAGAAAUCCAAAAAGGAGCCCACCACCGAAUCAGACCCCGACCCCUUUGUUUCUUCAGGCCUACUUGGUAAAACAUACGCCCAACGCACAAAGGCUCUAGAGGAACGGGAAAAAGACGCUUCCCAACAAGCAUUCACCGGCCUUGGCCUCCUCCGAAACCUAGCCACUGAAAGUCCCACUUCCCCCAGUGACCGCUCAAGUCGCCGAAACAGCCGCGACUACACGUCACCACAAAUCCCCACAAGCCCCAAAGAUAGCAUCAAUGGCGGCCCCUUCAGCAGAUCCAAGUCCGUCAAGCAGAAACCCAAACCCCUCAUCGACCUGACGCCCGUAUUCCAAGAACCGCCCCAACACACGCGAAAGGGGCGAGGCGUUGCCGCGGAACACGGGCAACCGCUGGUCGAGGCAGCCACGAGCCCUGAAGUGCCGCCCGGUGCAAUUGUAAUUCCCAGCGCAACCACCUGGCGAAAACCAGUACAGUCACCUGCGACUUCUCACGGUGCUCCUCCCAAUAUCACCCGCGGCGGCGGAAGCAUCCACCAUACCCGCCCCACAACAUCCCAUGGCACCACCACCACUAUCCGACGCCGUGAACGCGCCGCUACAGUUAACAGCAGCAGCUACAACAACGAGUCCAUCCCGCCAUUGCCCGUCACAGCCCCGGGACAAUGCUACCCGAAAACCUCCAAUCCAAACUCCAAUCCAAAUCUCAAGCCCCCACGCCCUAACCCACACAUCCCCCUUCGCGCCUACAGGUCUCCUUGCCCGCGCUGCCACAACCGCCGCGGGCCCGCCGGGCCGGUAUGACACCGGCCGCGGUGUGGCAACGGGCGAUAGGAAUAAUUUCGCGAAGCCGAUGGUGGAUCUAUCGCAGGAGAGUCAGUUUGUGGAGGGGAGUUUGUUGAGGGGGGUUGAGGCGGGAGAGGUUGUUGUUGGGAAGGGGCCUGUUGCUGGUGAUCGGAAGUGAAUUAUGCAGCAGGGGCGGGGGUAGGUUAAUAAUAUGACCCUUUCUUUUUUCCUAGGAUUUAACUGGUUUGAAAGGGUCUGGUAGGUAUGUUGAGGGUUGGGAAUCUGGUUUGGGGAAAUUUACGAGUUUGAUUUCCUGUAUUGUCUGUGGAUGAUUGAUUGGCGAUGUCAUUGAUUUACGAAUGGGCCUCUUAUAUUGUUAUUGGGAGGGAGGGUGUUUUCUUAUCUGUUCUUCUACUUCUUGUGCUGCCCUACACCUUAGCAGCACAGCCUCCCUUCCACUUUUCGGAGCUUUUUUCUUCUUUUCUUCUUUUCUUUCCCUCGCCCUCUUGAAGGACGCGAAGGCUUUCUUUCUUCUUCUUCUUCUUCUUCUCCCUUUUCAACCAUACAGGGUAUCCAUCCGUCACUGCACUUCUCGGGAUUUAUUAUCUUAACAUUACAUAACUAUAUAUUCUUCUUUUUUCUGUUCAUUUUCUUCUCGCAUCAAAAAAACAAACCUCUUAUUUUUUUACCCUUGCUUCUUUCCCCUUCUCUUCGCUCUAUAUAUGCACUACACUCUGCGAGGGAAGAUUUGAGGUCCGGGGGAGGGGAUUUGGCAUGAGAAGAGCCUGAGCGGGCAACCAGGCGAAUAAUGAAAUUUAAAAUAUACAUAUAUCAUCUCUACUAGAUUUACCUGUGUCUGUUUUGUCAUUUCAAUGUCUACAGUACAAAAAAGUAAUAAAUAGUCACGUGAUCAAUUCACGACAAUAGAUCCAUGGAUCCGAU